GCUCCAGCGGGCGCUGCGGGCCGAGAUGCUCCUCCGGGACCUGGUGCUGCGCCGUGGCUGUUGCUGGCCCUCUCUGCUGCUGCACUGCGCGCUCCAUCCACUCUGGGGCUUCGUGCAGGUGACACACGCUGAGCCCCAGAGGUCCUGCUCCAAGGUGACUGACAGCUGCCAACACAUCUGCCAGUGCCGCCCCCCUCCCCCGCUGCCACCACCACCCCCGCCUCCACCGCCUCCCAGGCUCCUGUCAGCCCCAGCUCCCAACUCCACCUCGGGCCCUGCUGAGGAGAGCUGGUGGUCGGGGCUGGUGAUCGUCAUUGCCGUAUGCUGUGCCUCGCUGGUGUUCCUGACCGUGCUGGUUAUCAUUUGCUACAAAGCCAUAAAAAGGAAACCACUGAGGAAAGACGAGAAUGGCACCAGCACCGCUGAGUACCCCAUGAGCGCCUCACGCAGCAGCAAAGCGGUGGACGUGAACAACGCUGUGGUGUGAGUCUGCAGCCCCCACCCCUACUGGCCAGGGGAACGGCGUCAUGGCAGCAGCAGCGGACAGGGGCAAGCAGGUGGACACGAGCUGACCCCUGGGUUUAUCGUGGACUUCAUCAGAGGAGCCGUCCUCUUCCCAGGCUCGCCCUGGCCACUUGUGGGCCAGGGGCAGCCCCACACCAGGCUGAGCCCGGCUCCCCCGCAUGCAGCCCUGCAGCCACAGAAGCCCCCCAGAUGUUCCCCUUGUCUGUGUCUGAUCCACUUCUGCCUCCCACCCCAAGCUGCUGUCUAAAGCUCGCUCUGACAAACGCAGGAAGUCUGGCUGCUGGAGAGGGGUGGCAUCCCCCGUUGGCCAAAAGGAAGCCAGUUUCCAGGGGCCCACUCCCCUGCCUGAAAACCUCUCCCCCUCCAGGAAGCCCACCUGUUGAUGUUCCCAACAAAGCCAUUGGCCACAAGACAGACCUCCCUUUCAAAGGUGCUUGCCAAACACCCACCCUAUGCCCCUUUCCCAUCUGACAUCCUUUGAGCUGCAGGACCCGCCUCCUUCCUCCCCUCCCCACCUGCAUCUCAGGCCCUGGACUCCCAACCACCUGCCAUAGCGGGCUGUGAGCCCCGCCUGCAAAGCCCCCUCCUGAGGAGCA